AGUAGAAAGAAAAAGAAGAGAGAGAGAGAGAGAGAAAAGAACAAAGCGAAACUUGCUAAAUUCUCUUGUUUUUUUCUUCAUGUAGAUUAUUCUCUCUCUUCUCUGCACACCAAAAACAAACAAACCGAGUCUUCUGAACUCGCCCGAGUCAAAACCGAGUCAUGGCGAGUCACCCUUCCGAGGCUCCCGCCGAUGACUUCCUCGAGCAAAUCCUCGGCCUCUCGACUUUCGCUUCCGCCGACUCCGCCUUGGCCGGAACCGAUGCUUCUUCGUUGGCGGCUCCGCCUCCGAUGAUGCUGCAGCUUAACUCCGGCGACCCCGCCGCCUCCAGCCACCUCGGCGCCGGAAGUGGAUUCCAUGCACCGGUGUACCAGUUGGGGCUGAGUUUGGAGCAAGGUAAAGGAGGGUUCUUGAAGCCCGACGAUGCUUCCGGGAGUGGCAAGCGCUUCCGCGAGGACGCUGUUGAUGGCAGAGCUAAGAAUGUUUUUCAUGGGCAACCCAUGCCUAAUACCAUUCCUAACGCACCACAUCCACCAACAAUGCGUCCUAGAGUGCGGGCUAGAAGAGGACAGGCUACAGAUCCACACAGCAUAGCUGAAAGGUUGCGCAGAGAGAGAAUAGCCGAAAGAAUCAGGGCUUUGCAAGAACUGGUUCCUAGUGUCAACAAGUCAGAUAGAGCUGCCAUGCUGGAUGAAAUUGUGGAUUACGUCAAGUUCUUAAGGCUUCAAGUGAAGGUUUUGAGCAUGAGUAGAUUGGGAGGAGCUGGUGCAGUGGCACCACUGGUAACUGACAUCCCAUUAUCAUCAGUUGAGGUAAUUAUUCUAACUAAUGUGUAUAUUGAUCAGGAAGAAGGAAGUGAGGGUGGAAGAAACCAACCAGCUUGGGAGAAGUGGUCAAAUGAUGGGACAGAAAGGCAGGUAGCUAAGCUAAUGGAAGAAAAUGUUGGGGCUGCCAUGCAGUUUCUUCAAUCAAAGGCACUCUGCAUCAUGCCCAUUUCACUGGCGUCAGCAAUAUACCAGUCACAACCAUCAGACACCUCUAGCAUAGUUAAGCCUGAAACUAAUCCUCCUUCAUAGACAAACCUCAGGUACUGGUGCACCACCAGUGGUCCCAUCAAGGGCUCACCUAAUGCUGCUGGGACCCACGCGUUAUUUGUCUGUUCCAAACCCCCUUAAAUUUUAGUCUUUGGUUAGCAUCAAGUUGGAUUCAAAGUAGGAUGCCAUAGUCCUUUCUUUUUUGCCGUUCUUUUAGCUUUUGUCAAUACAGGGUUCGAUGUCAAUUCUCUAAAAAAUACAAGAAGACCCCAUGUUGUCUUGGCAAGUUUCAUUUAAAAGGAAAGAAAUUGUCAAAAGUUCACUUGAUAUGCUCUUGCUUUUUGUAUCAAUUAGUGGGGAUUAGUGGAACGUGAUGGAUGCGCUUUUAUAGUGGGGCUUAGUUUUUCUAGUGGGCUGUGGGUCCUUCUAAAAGGUUAGGGUGGUGUGUAUAUUUUUAUUAGUGAUGUAACUCUAGAGAAUUUGAAAUGAGGUGAAAUGGAUAAUGGUUGCUUUAAGAAUGCUAGGUGAUGCAAGUCCAGCAGAAAAUGAUGGUGCUUUUGGUUUCUUUGGGGUGUGCGUGAGUUGUUUAUUCAAAAGUAGUUGGACUUUUAUUCUAAUGGAGGAUAGAGAUGGAAUGACAAGUAUGGUGCUCUCAUAACCCAAUCCAUAUCAAUCAGUACGCUGUAACCUUAUUCAACUAUUAAGUGACAGAAGUCUUUGCUCUCAAUUAAUAUGUGCGGUAUGGAUAUGAAAUACUUGAGGCAAAAUUCUUUAU